AUGGGAAGAUGGGAGGAAGGAAGUUGGGUUUGGAAGUUUGAAUGGAGAAGGGAGUUGUUUGAUAGAGAGAAAGAAAUGUUUGAUAUACUAACUGCUUUCAUUUCAGAAUUUGAUCUCUGCCCAGAUAAGGAGGAUGGCUGGAUUUGGAAGGCGACAAAGGACGGGGUUUUUUCAACCAAGUCGGCGUAUGAAGUUUUAGCAGCGGCCAGGAACGAACCAUCUCCGUUGUCCAUGUUUAAAGAAGAGUUAGCUCAAGUUUGGAAGACACCGGCACCACACAAGGCAAAGGUGACCGCAUGGAGAUGCUUACGAAAUAGGUUGGCGACUUGCAAUAACCUUGUCAAGAGGAAUGUUACACUUGGGAUUGAGGAGACUUGGUGUAAUGCUUGCGUUACAAGUGUUGAAACAGCGGAGCAUCUGUUCUUACAUUGCCCAAAGGUGGAGAUAGUGUGGGAUAAAUUACAGCAGUGGAUUGAUCGCAAAACUGUGAGGCCACAAGGUAUUCCUCAACACUUCACCUCGUUUUUCUGUGCUACAAAAGGAAAGAACAACAGGAGAUUUCUUAUGGCAGUGUGGGUUUGCACAAUUUGGCUGAUUUGGAAAAAAAGAAAUGACAGCAGGUUCGAAGGAAAGGCUUGGGAUAUUGAGAAGUUAAUCAUUGAAAUCAAAGGAAGACUUUGGAGCUGGAAUAAGAUAUUCAAAAUUGUAGACUCGAACAUUCCUUUCUCCACGUGGUGUUCCCGUGGAUUCUCGCUCCCAUUCUUGUACUAA